UGGCGGUGUCUCGACCAGAAAGUGCGCUCGCUGCGCUGCGAAACACGAUUCAUUCCAUCGCCAUUUGUGCCCUUUGCAUUGGAUCUCGACCCAGGCAGUUCCUAUACCCGGGAAGCUGGUGUCUGCCGGAAGUUCAUUUUCUGUUAGACGCAAGUGACUCCAUCAGGAUUCCUGCGUCUUUAGUACAAGCUGGUUUUAGCUUGUAAAUCAUCACCUGGGAUUUGGAGCGACAAUCACAAUUUUGCUGCAUUCUCUGUGUGCAAAAAGGAGUCGGAAUUGAGAGAGAGAGAGCUAUGUCAGGAACCCGACCGAGAAGAUGCGUGGCUAACUUGGGACGUGCGCUCUUUGAGCUGCGAAGAUCUUCUCAAUGUACGCGGCAGGUGUUUGAUACCCCUGCUAAGGAGUUCCGACAUGUGUUCUCUCCAACGGACGCUGUCCAAUCAUCCUUGUUGGGAUCAUUUCUUGGGGGGAGGUUGUCUAGGCAACAAGAAUUCAUUCAAUUUCUGGAUCAUGGGCAAUCGAUUGAAAGGUGGUGGGUCACGUCCAAGACUAUGCCUCAGGGUUUUCGCGUCUUGGGCAGAUCUUUCCACUCAUCGAAGCCGAAUCAGAUUCCCAACUCUAACAAGACUAGUGAAGCUAUAUCAAAGGUAGCUGGAGAACAUGCUAAGACCGCUGGAGGAAAUGCAAGGGCCGUACGAGGUGGCCCUGUAUCUUGGGCAAGCCUCGCGCUCUUGGUGGUUACUGGAAUUGGCCUGAUUUUGUUGUGGGAGCAAGAAAAGAAGCGGCAGAUAGAAGUGCUCCGCUCAGAGCAAGGAGCAGUUGCCAGGACUGGCCCUGGAGUUGGGAAGGCAGCUAUUGGGGGUCCUUUUAAGUUGCUCAAUCAAGAUGGUAAAGUGGUUACAGAUCGAGACUUCGUCGGCAAUUGGACACUUAUCUACUUUGGGUUCACAUAUUGCCCAGAUAUAUGUCCUGAUGAACUGACGAAGCUGGCUGAAGCUGUUGAUAAAAUUGAAAAGAAAGCUGGUUUGCAGGUGCUUCCUGUUUUUAUUUCCAUUGAUCCUGAACGCGAUACUGUUGAGCAGAUCCGAGAGUACUUGAAAGAAUACCACCCCAGGUUUGUGGGUUUGACUGGCACCGUGGAAGACAUUCGUCAGGUUGCACGCGAAUACAGAGUUUAUUAUAUGAAAACGGAGGAUGAAGGCACUGACUAUCUCGUGGAUCACUCCAUUAUCACGUACCUGAUGGAUCCGGAAAUGAACUUUGUUAAGUUUUUCGGGAAGAAUUACGAUGCAGAUUCUCUUGCUGACGGAGUUAUUACUGAAAUCAACAAUGUUUUAAAGGGGAAGUAGGUCUUGAAGUUUUAGCUAGUAGCAUGGGUAAUUGUAUCAGUAGUUUGAUGAUUCAGGAAAAUUUAAAGUUCUUUUGCUACAAUCUUAGAUCUGCCUUUGUCCAGUGCCGUUUUUUGAAUCGAACAUAUACAAGAAUAUUCUAAAUAUA